AUGAGUGAGCUGGCCGCUGAAUUGGAGUCCUUCCGCCUUCAGUACCCAUUUGAUGAUGCAGCCUACAAUUAUAUUGUGAACUCCAGCUUGGAGGUGCAGAAGGAGGUGCUGCACGACUUCAGGCCGAAGAACGAGGGUGAGCAGGACUAUUCUGCCUUAAUCAUCAGCUUCACGAAGAAGCGGCGACAGUUUGCACUUGAACGGCGGCAUAGAUUUGUUCCUCGCGCGGAUGUCGUGGUGCCUCAACUGCACCCCCACGUCGACAUCCCAGUGUCGCGAGAAGAACUGGAGGCUUUCAGAGUUCGGUAUCCAUGUGAUGAGGACGCUUUCAGGUACGUUGCAUCCUCGCCUCCAGAGGUUCAAAGGCAAAUCAUUCAAACCUUCAAACCUCCACGAGAGGGUGAGGAGGAUUAUUCCGCACUGGUCAUCACCUUCGCCAAGAGGUGCCGGAACUCCUCGCAGACCCACAUCCAGACGCACAUCCAGACGCAGGCUGUGCCCUUUAGGGGGCCCAGAGCUCCGCCGGCCGGCUCAGGAGGAGGGGUCAACUACGAGGAGUUCCGGGCCCGCUACCCUUUCGAUGAUGCCACACACUAUUACUUGCAGAGGGCGUCUGCAGAGGUUCGCAUACAGGUUUUGCGCAGCUUCAAGCCCCCUCGAGAGGGUGAACCAGACUAUUCUGCUUUGCUGAUCAGCUUUGCCAAGAAAGUGAAGGAUCAAAGCCAACACAGCCGGAUGACACCACACAUUCCAACCCCGGGUCCGAAUCCAGUACCUCAAUGGCCUGUGCAACCGCCACGGGUGCAGCACACUCAGCCUAUUCCGGUCUAUGCCCAUGAGCUACCGCGUCCACCACGACCGACUUUAGGAGGCAAUGCCAACAACUACGCGCUCGAUGGUUUCCGGCAGAAAUAUCCAAUGGAUGAUCGUGCCUUUGACUUUCUGAAGAAUGCACCACCCAAUGUUCAAGCAGAGGUGCUGGAAAGGUUUUCACCGCAAAGACAAGACACGGAUUAUUCUGCGCUGAUCAUAUCCUUUGCAAAGAAGUGCCGUGAAGUCCCACGGCCCCCAAUGCCGGCUUCAAAGAGGCCUCGUAUGUUUUGA